AGUUGCAAACUGGAAUUUGCAAUAAGUUUUUUUUUCCCCCACCCUUAUCUCCAAAUUUAUUUCUAAAGUAUAGAAAGGGGGUUGACGAGGUUAGUUGGUCGUGAAGCUAUCGAGUUAAGAUUUCCGGCAGCAACAAAAACGAAGAACCACCAUAGAACCUGUUUAAACCACACAACAAGACCAUCAAACUUGCAAGGGGAGAAAAAAGAGCAAAUUGCGCUAACAACAAAAAGCGAACAAACAACACAGAACGUUAAACUCAAACCACCGAGUCCCCAAAGAUGAUUUGAUCCCCAGCCAUCAGGAUGGAACGGCCGAGCAUAGUAACCCAGGCCUCUGUGUUGCCAUUCUUUGACCCCAGUCACGCCCUUAACAUCCUGCAGGGCAUCAACGAGCUGCGGAUAGAACGCAAGUUUUUUGACAUGACCCUGUGGGUGGAUGGCCAGGACUUCCCCUGUCACCGCACUGUGCUGGCAGCAGCCAGCCACUACUUCAAGGCCAUGUUUGCCGGCCGGCUGAAGGAGAGCUAUGCCGAGCGGGUGGAGCUGCAUGGGGUGAAGGCCGAGAUCCUAGGCCUACUGCUGGACUUCUCCUACACCGGCCAGGUGACUGUCACCCAGAGUAACGUGGAACCUCUGGCCCGGGCCGCCGACCUCUUCCAGUUCCACUCAGUGAAGGAGGCCUGCUGCGCCUACCUGGAGCGCCAGCUGGACGUGACCAACUGCCUGGAGAUCCAGGAGUUCGCUGAGGCCUACGCCUGCCGGAGCCUGGCCGAGAGUGCCAAGAGCUUCAUUCUGCGCCACAUCAUCGAGCUGUCAGAGGAGAAGGAGUUCGAGGCGCUGCCCCAGCGUCGGCUGCUCGAGUACCUGUCUGACGACAGGCUGCACGUCGACAAAGAGGAGGUGGCCUACCAACUGGCGCUGCGGUGGGUCAAGGCCGAUCCCAAGCGCCGGCUGCGCUUCUGGCCCGAGCUCUUUGAGCAUGUGCGUCUGCCCUUCAUCCGCCGCUUCUACCUGCUGGCCUACGUAGAGAGCGACCCGCUUGUCUACUACUCCCCAUUCUGUCUCAAGCUCAUCCACCAGGCCCGGGCCUUUCAGUCGUCCGAGUACGACCGGCAUGACUACCCGUGUGAGAGGAUGAGGGCCCGCCCCUCCACUGGCCUGGCCGAGAUACUGGUGGUGGUGGGCGGCUGCAACAAGGACUGUGACGAGCUGGUAACGGUGGAUUGCUUCAACCCACAGACUGGCCAGUGGCGAUACCUCGCUGAGUUCCCUGACCACCUGGCUGGUGGCUACAGCAUCACUGCCUUUGGCAAUGACAUCUAUGUAACAGGUGGUUCUGAUGGGACGUCAUUAUAUGAUUGUGUGUGGCGAUACAAUUCCAGUGUAAAUGAGUGGACCGAAGUUUCACCUAUGUUGCAAGCCCGUGAAUACCACAGUUCCGUUGUGCUCAAGGGACACAUAUACAUUCUCGCCCACGACAGCCUAGAACGCUACGAUCACUCUGUGGACAGUUGGGAGGUCCUGCAGCCAAUGCCAUUCCCUAUGGACAACUGCUCAAGCACGGCCUGCCGAGGCAAACUAUACACCAUUGGAACCCUUACUGGUGAGGAAUCGAUGGCAAUUCAGUGCUACGACCCUGAGAUUGACUUGUGGAGUAUGGUGACGUGUGGCUCAUUGCCUCCGUGGCUACUUGUACCAAAGAUGGUGACUCUCAAUGGAUUAAUAUACUUUGUCCAGGAUGACUCUGCAGAGGUUGAUGUGUAUAACCCAACCAAGAAUGAAUGGGACAAGAUCCCACCCAUGAAUCAGGUCCACGUUGGGGGAAGUGUAGCUGCCCUGGGAGGAAAGCUGAUUGUCUCUGGAGGCUAUGAUAACACCUUUGAAUUAUCUGACGUAGUUGAGGCCUACGAUUUUCAGACUGGCUCCUGGACGAUUUUGGGUCACCUUCCUCAACCUACCUUCUGGCACGGGUCUGUCAGCAUUUUCCGACAGUUCAUGCCCACUGCCCGGGUCUCCUUCGAAGGAACUGCCAAUGACAACCAGAACAAUGAAAUAAACAGUCUAAAUCUGGCCCGGUAUCGGAGGAAUCUUCACAAUGAGAACCUCCGCCUUUUGCACUGAUCACAUUGGAAUGAAGGCUCAGACAUGUACAGUGAAAGCUGCUCUGGCAUCCUCAAAUCAGCUGGCUGCCUCCAACUUCCAAAAGAUUGCCAAUAAGUAGUGAACUGUUUAGUGUCAACUUAGUGACUGUCUUUCCUUAUUUCAUUUAAAAAUUGUCCUUGUUGUCACCAUCAGCAGUCACUGGUCUGACCGAAUUUGGUUUGCUAAUAUUCCCUGGGUUCUCUAGCAUUGACUGCUGGCUUGAUUUGUCAUUUGGGUUUCACUAAAAAUAGGAAGAUACAAGUUUUGUCUUCCUGGACUUCUUAUCAAUUAUCACUUGUUAUAAAGCAUUGGUUAAGAAAGAAAAUUUGCUUUAUAUAGCUCCAGAUGAUAUCCAGUUAAAGCUUCACUUGCAAUCAAUUUACUUUUGAAGUUCAACAAUGUUGAAAAAUGAAGGAACCAUGCUGUGCAUAGCAGAAACCAUGAACAGGAAUGUGGAUAAUUAUUUAUUUUAAUGAUAAUGCUUGAAGGAGAGAUAUUGGGGUGAUAGGACAUUGAAGAAAACACCAGUAAUCAGGGAGAUGAAAUCAUUGUGUAAUGCUCUGAGAAAAGGAACAUAAUUACUUUUUUUUUCUAAUAUGAAAUCGAUUCUAAGUCAUACAAAUCAGACAACAUUCAUAAUACCAGAGUUUGAGUAGGUCAAAAACUGAGGGCUUGCUUUUGCAAUGAUCUCUAGACCAAGCUUCUAAAAUGGCUAAUGUUGUCAUCAAAUUCCAGGGCUGCUGUUGCUGGGCUGGCUGUGAGGAUAAAUUAGAAAGUGCAACUACCGUAAAACUUAAAUAGUUUGGAAAUCCCAGUGUUUGACAACUGGGUCGCUGGAUGCUCAUUCCUAUGCUUCCUACAAAUACACAUGAAUCCUGAUUUCCAUGCUCCCUUUAAAUUUAGUGUUUGCUGGAAAUUUUAUAACUAAAGUGUAAAAGGAGAAUUAAAAGUGUCUUUGAAUAUAAAUUGAAAUACUAAUCAGUAGUUCAAAAAAAUCUGCCAGUUCAGCACCACUUAAGUCCCUAGUAUGCUGGUUUAACAGAACUCUAAUUCUGGCACAAGAAUUAUGAGAUGAUUGGCCUCUUAAUGUACUUUGAUUCUGUGAAUGCAAAAGACAACAGAUGAUCUGUCACAUGGCAUUGCAGAUGCUAUUUAAAAACGUCACUUGGUGUAAAACACUAUCAGGUGCUGGACUCUUCAGUGAAGCUGCAUGUUCCAGUGGGAUCCUACUGUAAGUUUAAAACCAAACUUAUUGUGUGGGGAUGGGCAAAUAGAGGCAGAACACAGCUUAAUAUUGGGUACAUUCAGUUUAGGCUUUGGCCUUAUACUGCAACUGUUGAACAGAUUAGUGAUAUUUACUUGAAAGUGUUGUCAGUUUUGUUGGCUUUUGAAAAGAUCUUGUUAAAUUCAGUACAACACUGUGUGACCCUGAGCAGUGGAAACUGUGAAGGUGUCAGUUCCAUCUUCUGUCUGAUGCCCCCCAUGAUCCACCAGCUUCCUGUGAUUGACUGUUGAAAGACCUGGAUUCGUAUCAGACCUUUCAUAACCUAGGAAAUAUGAAAAGCACUUUAUAGUAACCUAGUACAUUUUGAAUUGUUAAGCAGGGCAAUAACUUGGGCAACUGAUUUGUGCAGACAAGAUUUCACAAAUUACCCAAUUAAUCAUUUGCAGUUUGUUGAUGAAUGUGUGACACCAGAUGCAGGUGUGAAAAUGGGAAGUGAUUUGAGCUACAUAUGUUUUUCUAAACAUCAGAAGAAUUUUAGUAGUGAUGGUAUUUUUUAAUAUGGCAACAAUAAGAGCAUGAACUAUUGCUCACCCAGUCAGAAAUGGGAACCAUUGAUACUAAGAGCUAUUGAACAGGAAUUAAAGGACUCCAGGCAGACUUCACCAACAGUCCUUUUAAAGUACUGUCUUUUUGUAUUUUAAGGUUGAAUCUGAUUAGAUGAAGUUCUGAGUGAAUCUUGAGAUUGUAUUCCCCAAUUCUAAAUUCUGUACCCUCACUCAAAUGGUGAUAUGGAAUCUUUUAAUUUGCCUCAGUUUCCCCAUAGUCCUCAAUCCCCCCCAACAGUUUACCACCCAAAUUGAGAAGGACAGAAUCUGCUUUUGGCUUGUCCCAGAUUAUCUCCUCUUGAGUGGAAUGGAUGGGGUACUUGCAUUAAUAUUUAUAAAGUAGUGGAAAUAACGAGAGUGCAAUUAAAUAUUUCAGUUUGGAAUAAAUCACAAAAUGAAACAUUUUGUCUAGCUGUUUGCAAAAAGUAAUGUUGUGGAUAAUUUAGUGAUAUGAACACAACGUGAAACAAAUUUGCUGGAAGCAGUAUUCUGUCCAUUUAUUUGGAAGGAUGUCAAUGUGUAAGAGUUUUGCUCAUCUGUCUCUCAUUCCUAAAGGCACUGCCUCUUUCUGGGUUACGAUUUGAGGCCCUAUUUUCCAAUCAUCCAUUAUUUCUCUCAGUCAACUUAACUUACCAAUACUUACAUGAAAAUAGAGCAAGUCAUUUGAUCACAGUUGGAACUGAGAUAUCCUCCCUUAUGAACUGUAAUCAGGAGUUUUGUUUUAUCCUUCCUCCUUAGAUUGGAGUACUGAAGCCAAGAGUAGUCCCACAGCCUGGUGGCUGAGGUGAGAUAGUGGAACCUGUGCCUUUGCUGGUUCAGAGUUCAGCUCAGGUGGAGAAACUUUCUUGAAGAUUUUUUUUAAACUUUGAAUUACAAUAUUAUUAUUUUAUAUAUUGAAGAGAAAUGAACACUUGAGGAACUUAAUACAGUUGCCUUUCAAAAUCUCUGGCCUUUGCUGUGAGUUUUGAGCACUAUUUCCUGGUUUUAUCUUGAGUUUUCAGUGUGUAUUGUUGAAGUGCAGUGAAUUGUUGUAUAUACAUGCAGUUUAUAUUGAAGUUACACUAUACAAAUUCCACUAAAUAAAAUGUUUAUGCUUCAAACUUGA